AUGGUGAAGGCUGAGUUAGAUUUUCGAUUGACACAGAAGUUAAGGAUUAUGGGAGACAUACAGGAUAAGAGCAUAAAGGCUGCCAAUCAGAUCAGCUAUGAUCUUAUUAAAAAGCAAUUUCCUACAACCACAUCCACAACUACAACACUUCCUACAACACUCACAUCCACAACUACAACACUUCCUACAACACCCACAUCCACAACUAUCACAGUUCCAACAACACUCACAACCACAACUACCACAGUUCCUACAACACCCACAUCCACAACUACCACAGUUCCUACAACUCUCACAUCCACAACGACCACAGUUCCUACAACACUCACAUCCACAACUACCACAGUUCCAACAACACUCACAUCCACAACUACCACAGUACCUACAACACCCACAUCCACAACUACCACAGUUCCUACAACACUCACAUCCACAACUACAACACUUCCUACAACACUCACAUCCACAACUACCACAGUUCCAACAACACUCACAUCCACAACUACAACACCUCCUACAACACUCACAUCCACAACUACAACACUACCUACAACACCCACAUCCACAACUACCACAGCUCCAACAACACUCACAUCCACAACUACCACAGUUCCUACAACCACAUCCACAACUACAACACUUCCUACAACACCCACAUCCACAACUAUCACAGUUCCAACAACACUCACAACCACAACUACCACAGUUCCUACAACACCCACAUCCACAACUACCACAGUUCCUACAACACUCACAUCCACAACUACCACAGUUCCUACAACACUCACAUCCACAACUACCACAGUUCCAACAACACUCACAUCCACAACGACCACAGUUCCAACAACACUCGCAACCACAACUACCACAGUUCCUACAACACCCACAUCCACAACUACCACAGUUCCGACAACACUCACAUCCACAACUACCACAGUUCCCACAACACCCACAUCCACAACUACAACACUUCCUACAACACUCACAUCCACAACUACAACACUUCCUACAACACCCACAUCCACAACUACCACAGUUCCAACAACACUCACAUCCACAACUACAACACUUCCUACAACACUCACAUCCACAACUACAACACUACCUACAACACCCACAUCCACAACUACCACAGUUCCAACAACACUCACAUCCACAACUACCACAGUUCCUACAACACUCACAUCCACAACUACCACACUUCCUACAACCACAUCCACAACUACAACACUUCCUACAACACUCACAUCCACAACUACAACACUUCAUACAACACCCACAUCGACAACUACAACAGUUCCAACAACACUCGCAACCACAAAUACCACAGUUCCUACAACACCCACAUCCACAACUACCACAGUUCCGACAACACUCACAUCCACAACUACCACAGUUCCCACAACACCCACAUCCACAACUACAACACUUCCUACAACACUCACAUCCACAACUACAACACUUCCUACAACACCCACAUCCACAACUACCACAGUUUCAACAACACUCACAUCCACAACUACAACACUUCCUACAACACUCACAUCCACAACUACCACAGUUCCAACAACACUCACAUCCACAACUACCACAGUUCCAACAACACCCACAUCCACAACUACCACAGUUCCAACAACACACACAUCCACAACUACCACAGUUCCAACAACAACCACGUCCACAACUACCACAGUUCCAACAACACCCACAUCCAUAACUACCACAGUUCCAACAACACCCACAUACACAACUACCACAGUUCCAACAACAACCAUGUCCACAACUACCACAGUUCCAACAACACUCACAUCCACAACUACCACUUUUCCAACAACACUCACAUCCACAACUGCCACAGUUCCUACACCACCCACAUCCACAACUACCACAGUUCCAACAACACCCACAUCCACAACUACCAAAGUUCCAACAACACUCACAUCCACAUCUACCACAGUUCCAACAACACUCACAUCCACAACUACCACAGUUCCUACAACACCCACAUCCACAACUACCACAGUUCCUACAACACCCACAUCCACAACUACAACACUUCCUACAACACCCACAUCCACAACUACCACAGUUCCAACAACACUCACAUCCACAACUACCACAGUUCCUACAACACUCACAUCCACAACUACCACAGUUCCUACAACCACAUCCACAACUACAACACUUCCUACAACACUCACAUCCACAACUACAACACUUCCUACAACACCCACAUCCACAACUACCACAGUUCCAACAACACUCACAACCACAACUACCACAGUUCCUACAACACCCACAUCCACAACUACCACAGUUCCUACAACACUCACAUCCACAACUACCACAGUUCCCACAACACCCACAUCCACAACUACAACACUUCCUACAACACUAACAUCCACAACUACAACACUUCCUACAACACCCACAUCCACAACUACCACAGUUCCAACAACACUCACAUCCACAACUACAACACUUCCUACAACACUCACAUCCACAACUACCACAGUUCCAACAACACUCACAUCCACAACUACCACAGUUCCAACAACACCCACAUCCACAACUACCACACUUCCAACAACAACCAUGUCCACAACUACCACAGUUCCAACAACAACCACAUCCACAAGUACCACAGUUUCCACAACACCCACAUCCACAACUACCACAGUUCCUGCAACACGCACAUCCACAACUACCACAGUUCCAACAACAACCAUGUCCACAACUACCACAGUUCCCACAACCACAUCCACAAGUACCACAGUUUCCACAACACCCACAUCCACAACUACCACAGUUUCCACAACACCCACAUCCACAACUACCACAGUUCCAACAACACUCACAUCCACAACUACCACAGUUCCUACAACACGCACAUCCACAACUACCACAGUUCCAACAACACUCACAUCCACAACUACAACACUUCCUACAACACUCACAUCCACAACUACAACACUUCCUACAACACUCACAUCCACAACUACCACAGUUCCUACAACACUCACAUCCACAACUACCACAGUUCCAACAACACUCACAUCCACAUCUACCACAACUACCACACUUCCAACAACAACCAUGUCCACAACUACCACAGUUCCAACAAGUUCUUGCGUGGAUUCUGGUGAUUAUUGUAUGAAAAGGGAUAGGGAGGUCAUGCCAAAACAGUGCUGUCACAUUGCUGCAAGUGACUGGAAAGUUCCUGACCCAAAUAAGCCGUACUGUCAACUAACUCCUAAAACUAACUCAAAAGAUUCCUGCACUAACACAACUCCCGCUCCAACAUGUACGCCAGAAAAAACAAUUUGCAUGUUACUUUUGGGAAAACCAUUUGAAGAGUGCAGGAAACACUACAGUGAAGAUGUAGAUCGCUAUUACCAGACUUGUCUCUUUGACCAUUGCCAUACAAACGAAACAGAAUUUGAUUGUUCCAGCCUGGAAGCUGCUGCUAUUGCUUACAUUAUCAAUAAAGAUGGCAAAGUAAAUACACACCAGGAAUACGAUACACUAGCAAAUAUAUUAAAACUGUUUAUAGAGCAGAAGAACAGCAAUGUGAGCAAAAGGUUUCUUGAGGACAGGUUUUGUUUGAUCAACAAGCUUUUGCAAUUAUUGCUGGCACUGAAACUGCGUCUGCUGCAGAAAUACUAG